AUGCUUCGGCCCCGGAGGCCGAAGCAGCGCGGAACGACGCCCAGAUGGAGCAAGAAUCCUAUCGCCGGGCGAUCCGGGGCCAGCGCCCCCUCUGGUAUAGGCCGGGCGUGGGCGAUGCCGCGCGGGCAGCUCGCGUUCCUCUGCCCGGACACGCACGCGAUCCCCCACGCGGGCGCCUCGGCCUUCGUGGCGGACGGCCCCACCGCGCUGCCCGGAGCCGCCCCCCUCGCGGCCGGCCCCGCGGCGGGCGCCAAGAUCAACAGCGAGGAACUUGUCAGGGACAUCAUGCAGAAGCUCGACCCCCAGCUCAGGAGCAUCGUGCAGGCACACCCCGAGCUUACGCCGAAGCUGCGGGGGGCCAUCGACGAGGAGCUGAGCACGAGAGGGCCCACGAUGACGCCGCAGGCUGCGCAGGAGUUCAAGGCGGGCCUGAUGGGAGAGCUGGAGGAGAUGAACCAGUCGGUGAAGAACAACCCGGCGCUGCUCGCCAUGAUUACGCGGCGGCUCGACCAGGGCGGCAGGGCGGUGGCCGCCGCCGCCGCCCCGCCCGUGCCUGCGCUCGCGGUGGCGCUGCUGCAGAGGCGAGGGCGCCCCGGCGCGCGGGCUGGCCGGGCGGCCCGCCGCUGCAGCGGCGGAUCCCUGGCCGCGUUCCUGUGA